AUGCCGGAAACCAUCGCGACCGCCGCCCCCGAUCCCAGACCACACGCGUUGACUGGAACAGGAGGAGCAGAGGAAGACGUCAAACCGAAUAUAGAGAAUGCAUCGUCGUCGCAAGGAGUGAAUAAUGCGGGUAAAGGUUCUUCUACUGAGCGACACCAACAUCAUCCCGCCAAGGCUGAUGCAGCUGCAGGCCAAGCGCAUGCGUCGCCGAAGAAGAGGCGCAAAGUCAACCAUGCGUGUGUGUAUUGCAGACGUUCACAUAUGACUUGCGAUUCGGAACGACCAUGUACCCGAUGCAUCAAGCGCAACAUCGGCCACUUGUGUCAUGACGAGCCGCGCGAACCCGCCAAAAAGAACAGUCGUAGCGACCACGAAGAUAGCGCGGUUGUUGGAAACGACUUUGCCAACCCGCACAACCUGGCUGACACGGGGAAUCAGUCGAUGCUGUCGGACUCAUCGUUGAGCAUUCGCCCGUCUACCAUCGACCCUUCGCAGGCCGUUCAACCCGCUGCAAUUCAACCUACGGCCGGACCGGGGAACAAUCAGCAGGUGUUUGGCUACAAUACCGGCGGCUCAGGAGGCGGCGACUGGGCAAUGAACGGACAAAGCAAUGGGUUUCAGGACAUGCAUACAUUCCAUCCGUCAUACAUGUUCAAUGCCCCUGAAGUUACUAACGAGUACAACUUACUGGGUGAUUUUCUCAACAACAGUCUACUUGACGACAACGGGAUGUAUGGAAAUGAAGAGCUUCAGGGACUAUUCGCGGACUCUUCUUUAAUCAAUAUGAGCACCAAUAUCAAUAGCAAUGCUGUACCAUUUUCUCAGCAACAACCGCAACAACAGCAUCAGCAACAGCUAGCGCCAUUGGCACCACAGCAAGCAACAAAUCCACAAGCCAACGCAGUUCAGCGACUAGCUACUUCGGCCGUCACUACCGACAAGGCUCGUGAGAUUUAUUACAUGACCGCCGCUGACCCAUCUGGCAUGGACCCUCCCGAAGAACGAAUGAACAAACUCCUCAAAGCCAAGUACGAAGCCGGCAUGUUGAGGCCAUUCAACUACGUCAAAGGCUACGCACGACUAAACCAGUACAUGGAAUCACACAUGCAGCCCGCCCUACGCCACAAGAUCCUACGACAACUCGAUAAAUUCCGUCCCAAAUUCCGUGAGCGAAUGCAAAGUUUGACCGAUAUCGAACUUGUCUUGUCCGAAAUGUGGUUCGAGCGUAGUCUGAUGGAGUACGAUCGCGUCUUUGCUAGUAUGGCGAUUCCGGCUUGUUGCUGGCGACGAACCGGCGAGAUCUUUCGCGGGAACAAAGAGAUGGCGGAGUUGAUCAAUGUGCCUAUCGAGAGUUUGAGAGAUGGCAAACUUGCUUUACAUCAAAUCAUCACAGAGGACCAACUCGUCAGUUAUUGGGAGAAGUUUGGCGCCAUAGCGUUCGACGGCUCUCAAAAGGCGAUGCUUACCAGCUGUACACUCAAGAGCCCGGAUGACGACGAUUCAACGAAAGGCAUCCCAUGCUGUUUCUCCUUCACUAUUCGCCGCGAUCCGAAUGCCAUGAAAAAAGACAAGAUACUCACAAACCCAUUCAACAACACUCCUGACCUUUCAACCAUGGACAUCGACGAGGAGGAGAACGCUAUCUCAAUAUGCGCAUUCACAGCAGACAUUAUGUCCCGCCUUGACAACGACAACGCGUCACUUCAAUCAUUCUCGGCAUGGAUGCAAGAAGCAGACAUAUCACACACACUGAGUACAACAAUGCAGUCUCUGACCACGUCUGCAUCGAGUCUGAGGUUUUCGUCGAGGUCGUUGCGGUUGGUGGAUUGCUCGGCGACGGCGUUGUGGAAUGCGUUUGUGCGGUUUUUGAGGAGGGUUGGGGUAGAUGAUGAGGUUAAAGGGGGGCUUGUGACUGUUCCGCUGCUUGUGUGUCGGAUGUUGGAGUGCUGCUGUUCGGAAGAUGGGGAGUCUGGUUGGCAAACUUUCCAGGUGCUGGUCAGAAGCGCCGAGAUAUGUUUAGGUUCAAGCAUGAUAGUCGAAGCUACUGAUCUUCUUCAACAAGCGGCUCUGAAAGUCAACUCCAUUGAUCUGGGCGAGCUGGCUGAUUGGGAUGGUCAGGAUGUCAUAGCUCGGUAUCAUUUUCUGUGUGCUUGGAUGGCACUGAAGAAUGAAGACAUCAAGGAAUUUGACGCGCACUUCGCAUGCUUACCCCAAGAUGUGGCCAAGAUGAGUUUGGGUUCUCAAGAGCAGUAUGUUAGUAUACGUUUGUCUGCGUUUCGGCUAGCAGUCAAGCAUGGCCUUAGAGAGCUCGCAGAGUCAUUGUUGCAUAACUUGUCAGAAACGUUCAGCAUCCUACGGCAGUGUCAUCAUGAAGUUCCUGAGUAUAAAACACUGGUUUCGGGAUUCUUCUAUGUUCUUGAAGACAUGUCGAAAGAUUUCAAUCGUCUUAGAAGUGAACUUCUUGAAAUAACUGAACAGGACCUAGAUGGCCCGUUAGGUCUUUUUCUACAACUUGAGGUAGCGUCUAGACAGGAAGUUUUCGACAGGAUUAUUUUUUUCCAAAUCUUGACCAAGUAUAUCGAGACCAUGGAACCUACCAAGGACAAGUUCAAGAGAAAGUCAAUGGACUGUUCGUUUCAAACUGGUGACCAUACAGAAGUCAAGUUAACAUGGGAACUACUGUCCAAAGCAGAAAGGGAUCAAACAACAAUAUACAUCAUGUAUCAGGUGUCUCUCAGGGAUUCCGACAUUAAUACGGCUGCAAGUCUUUUGGCAUCUCUCAUUGAGCUAGCUAAUGGGGAACAUCGCUAUGUUCUGGCUGCCGUUGCUGCAGCAGUAACAGUGUCCUCUCAACUUAGACGAAAAGCCCUACAAAGUGCCCAAGCACUUGUAGAGUACUCGAUUGUAUCAAAGAAAAAGCCAAUCAAUUUGGACUUACACCGAGCUUUGAUAAGGCUCAUAGUCUAUGAGCUACGAGACGACCCUGAAGAUGUAGAAACUCUGAAAGAGCUGAUGUGUAAGCUUUUGACCUGGGUGAGCAGUGCAAUCAGCCAGGAACCUUCGGAUUCUAAUGACCAUGACUGGUUUGUUCGCUGCGCUUAUGUGCUGCUCUUAGAAUCAAGGGACUGGAUUGCGAGGCAUCAACUACUGGUUCUGGGUGUUUGUUUCAAGCUCAUUGAUAUGUACCCCAAUGAUGUUGGGAAUGAUGUCAAAUAUGAACUAAAUUGCCGUCGAAUUGCAUGCAAUCUUCUCGGAAUGCUCAUCUACACCAACAUGGCUCGAAGUGAACAGAAUGUGGAUAUGAAGGUGAGCAACAUGCAUUUAUAUCAAAAUAUGAUCAUUGACUCCGUCAAGAGAACUUACUACCUUGUGAUGACUGGCCGAUACACAGACAUUCAAAAAUUCGUGGCAACAUCCACAGAUGCACCGAAUAUCACAAAAUACCUCGAUGCUUCCAUGAUUGAGAUAUGCUACGAGAUACUGUGUUUUUACCUCGAAGCUGUUAUAUACCUGGAACAAUGGCCAGAUGUCGAGGCUUUCAUUAAAACGGCAUCCACGAUCGACAGUGACCACGUCCACUCAAUAAUGGUAGAUAUGAUUCUGACAGCCAAGAAGAUGCCCCUUGAAUAUGCCCUACGCAGUCUACAAGAGCUUCUUAAUGCCCUGCAAUGCAUCGACACUAAACGCUUCAGCUUGAUCAGAUGCAUCUUCGACCUAUGCCUCCAGCACCGCAGAAACGACAUCCGCAUGUGCGAAAUAGUUCUCAAUCAAGCCCUCAUCACUGCGCAGGACACCACCGCAUCCACCGAAAUCAAAGACGAUGAGCUCGAAUACAUUAGCACGAAAUCAUUCAAUUACGCCGUCGAUCUGUACCUAAGUGGCCAACAAACAGACUCUCAGCGCUGGGCACGUAAAGCUAUUGAGUUGUCGCAAUUGAUGAGAGAGGAUUGUGGUAGCCUAGCCUUGAUUCUACAGAGCAAGUACGAGAAAUGGCUUACAUACGACAUGGUUAUUUCAGAUUCAUAA